AUAGCCCCUGCUGCUGACAUGGCAUUAAAUAAUAAAUAAAUAAAUCACAACAUGUUAUAUGUAAGAUAAUAUGUGUAUUAUAAUGAACUUAUAAUCUGCUAUAAUAUGGCGGUCGUUCUGGACCAGGAACACAACUAGCUAUCAUGAAAUGAACACAACAGGAGGGUAAAUGCUACAGGCUACAAUGGCAGUUAGUGUAACGUGUUAUGUAGUGUUUCAGGCAACGACAUGGCUUCAGCUAAGUCUCACAAAGGCAUGAGUAAUGCUGAAUGGCUUGCGCGUCUGGAGAGUUUUGCCCAAACAGGAGUUUGGCCAUCUACACAGGGGAAUAGACCUUCUCCCCGACAAAAAAGAUGGCAUGAGAUGUAUCAGAAGAUAGAAAAGUGCCCUCUGCAAAUGAGGGGACAGACCACUCUUCUGAAGGAAGCUCAGACAUGUAUUUGUGGCUUUCACAAGGUUCAUCCACCAGUCACAGGGGAAGCAUCACAGAGCACCCCGGCCCAAAGCACACCCUCUGUCAGCGAUGUGUCAUGUCCUGCAAAGAGACCUAAACUGACAUUGUCAAUGUUUGAAAAGUCAAGGUUUGGAGGCUCACAUGUGGCAGCAGCAAAACCUAAUUUGAGCACCCAGAGGAAAACCUCUCAGAUGUUAGAGCACUCCAGUUCAGCUACAGUUUCAUGUCCACCCUCUGAUCCUCAUCCUCCUCCAUCCCCCAAACCUCAUCAGCCCGUCAUCCAGUCCUCCUCUUCCUUCUUCCUUCCUCCACCUCAGAGUUCACAACGCAUCAAAAAAACAGCAACGCCAUCAACUGUUUCUGAGAAUACUGUUGUGAGGAGCCCACAGGUCUCAUCUCAGCCAGAAGAUCUCCCCCUUCUGUGGCCACAGACAAUGCCACAGCAAGACCAGAAGUGGGUGUCAGAAGCACUUUUUAGGGUUGGUGCAAAGGGAAAGCUGGAGCUGCGUGAAAACCUACAGUUGUGGUAUCACCCCCCACCACCAGCCCUGUUGUACCACCAAGCUCCAACACCUGAUAGGUUUUUUUCACAGCGUCUCUUGCUCUGGAUGCCAUAUAAGCUGUGGAAGGUGCGGCUCCAGUGUACUAACCCUGCCUGUGCCAGGCAACAGCUGUGUGGUGGUGGACUGCACAGGAGGGUACGACAGGUGUUAGACAUUGACAGAUACUACAACCUGGUGACAGAGACCCUGAUCUGCACCAGGUGUAGAACCAGCUAUCUGUCCUGGAGUCAAGCUGUGCUGCAGCAGUUGGACCUGGCCCAUCGAUCUGAAUUCAGGGUCAUCCUCACACGCAAGUAUGCCUGUGACAUUCGGGUUCUUCGCUUGCUGCGUGAGAGGGGCAUGGGGAAUGGUCCAGUGAGGAUCAUCGGCCAGCUGAGAGAGAACCACAGUGAGGAGUGGUUGAAACGUGCGCUUCGGUACACAUCAGAGUGUGUGGCCUUUUUUGAUAAUCGUGGCCUGCAUCCGCUGCACUUCCAGGAGCCACCACCACUUGCUUCAGUACCCAGCUACAAAUGGCUCCUCACUGUAUAUAGUCAGGACAUUCUCAACAGGCUCGAUCACAUAAAGGCCAGCAUAACAUCCACGUAUGGAUCAAUCUUAAAAAUGGAUUCAACUAAGAAGAUCACCAAGAAGUUGAGCGGGCCUGCGAAAGGCACAGCACAGUGGCUUACCUCAGUGGGCAAUGAGAUAGGUCAGGUGCUGAUGAGUGUCCUGACUGCGAAUGAAGGGGCUGGGUUAGACCUCAUGGCUGCAGGGCUCAUGGAGCGAUACCGGAGUGCUGGUGUUGAUCCUCCCACUAUCAUUUAUGUGGACUGUGAUUGUUGCAAGAAAGUGGGAGAGACUAAAUUGAAGAGGCGGUUCAGCGGCUGGCCAGAUGUCAUCGUCCGCCUAGACAUUUGGCAUUUUAUGCGACGUCUGGCAGUAGGGUGCACCACUGACGCCCACCAGUUGUACCCUACUUUUAUGGCAAGGCUGUCAUCCUGUAUUUUUGAGUGGGAUGCAGGGGAUCUCACUCUGCUGAGACGGGCCAAAAGGUAGCAACUCAUCCAACAGGGCUGGCCUACACUGACGCACUGGCACUGGUGGAGGUGAAGGAGCCCGGACACUGGGCACUGGUGGAGUCUGGACACUGGGCACUGGUGGAGGUGAAGGAGCCCGGACACUGGGCACUGGUGGAGUCUGCGCCAGUUCUACCAGCUGCACCAGUGCAUAUGAUACAAUAAAGUGUGAAUGCCGUAAUAAGGUUAUUUUGUCCCCACUGCCACAGGAAAUGAUUGCCUUAAUAAAUGCACUUGGACAAAUGAUAAUGAUAAUGAGGAUAAAAUAAAAAUCAAUCUUAGAAACGAAACAAUAAUUAAAUUCAAAUACAUUACUUUUAAAAUUAAACUUGGAAACAAAACAAUCGAUUCACAAUUUUUAACAAAUACACGCAUAACUUUAUGUGACAGCGUGGAUUCGAACCUGUGAUUUCCUGAAUUUCUCGCGCUUCUCUUCCCCCCUUCCCCCCUUCUUAUACAGACAAUUGUUCCCCAGCUUCAGCACCGUCACUCUGUCUGUUCUUCUGCUGAAAUCAGCUGCAAACUACAUCAAUCUGCUGUGACCAUCACAACUCUCAUGAAGCAGAAGACUCACCUCUCACAUGAAGUUAACAUUUCCUACAGUAAAAUAAAAAAAGUGCUAGACACUGACAUGGUGACUCUUCAUGUCUUCUUCAAAGAGCAUUAAUUAUACAUCUGAAAAUUGGUGUCAAUUUUCCGGCUAAAUUAUGCUACUUUUAUACUCUUGCCCCAGGUUUUUUUAGUCAUAAGAAUUCGAGAAUUCAUAGACUGCAAAACAUAAUAAUAACAAAAUAAUAAAAUAAAUAAAGGUAGCGAUAACACCUUGCCCCCUGAA